UAGACAUCUUAGACAGAGUGAAUUGUAAUUCAGAAACAAUUGAUUUGGGAAGGGAAAUUGGGAAAACAAAAGUGCUUCAGCAACUGUAACGGAUAUAAUUGAAGGAGAAGAGAUGGAGAACUACUUUUAUUUCAAGUCAAUUUCCUCUGCAGAAAUGAAAUCUCUUACAGCUAUCUGUGACACCUUCUUGCCUUCAACAUCUAUUAAAACCUCUGAUGAGUCUUUCGCCAGGUUUUUCCAAACUUCUGCUUCCAUGGCUGGAAUUCCUCAACGUGUAGGAGAGGUGAUAGCUACAAGGAAGCACCCAAAGAAGCGGUUGAUUCGGUUGGCACUAUGGAUGCUUUCUAGAAGGAUUGGAACCUUCAUUCUCUGCGGCCUACCAAGCAUUUCAAUCCAUUUUCCCUAUUUUCAAACUUUCUCUCAACUUCCUCUCCACAAAAGGGAACAGAUUUUGCAUUCUUGGUCUCUCAGCUUUUUCUACCUCAUCAGGAUGGCUUUCAAGACUAUUAAACUUCUCACUUUAUUUUUCUUCUUCUCUCAGGUAGAUGAGAAAAAUGAGAACCUGACAUGGAAAGCAAUAGGCUAUCCAGGACCUGACCCACAAUUCAAAGCUUUAAAGCUAUCUCCAAAUGAUGACGAGCAAAAACUCUAUGGACCUCUUCACAAAGGACUUGUUAAUAUGAACCUUCCACGAGACAUACUUGCAAACACUCUCCGGCUUGCUGGAUUUCCUGUCCUUACUCGCCGAUCCAAAAAUAAUGCACCCUGCGGCUCAUCUAAUCCUUCUUUGUUUAUCAAAUGUGAUGCAGUUGUAGUUGGUUCUGGUUGCGGUGGCGGUGUGGUUGCUGGUGUUCUUGCAAAAGCUGGUUAUAAAGUGCUUGUAAUUGAGAAGGGAAAUUAUUGUGCAAGAAACAAUCUUUCCCUCCUUGAAGGGCCAACGAUGGAUCAAAUGUACCUAGCUGGUGGUCAAAUGGCAACUGAUGAUAUGGGGGUUAUAAUACUUGCAGGAUCUACAGUUGGUGGAGGUUCUGCAAUCAAUUGGUCAUCUUCUAUCAGAACCCCACAACAUGUGAUAAAUGAAUGGAGUGAUCAAUACGAUCUAGAGAUAUUUGAUAGUGAAUUGUACAAAGAAGCAUUGGAUGUUGUAUGCCAGAAAAUGGGUGUUCAAUCAGGAAUUCAUAAAGAAGGUCUCAAUAACGCCGUUCUAAGAAAAGGAUGCCAAGAACUGGGUUAUCCUGUAAACACCAUUCCUCGAAAUUCCUCACCAGAUCAUUACUGUGGCUGGUGUUCUCUUGGCUGCAAGGAUGGAAGAAAGAAAAGCACUUGUGAGACCUGGCUAUUGGAUUUAGUGAAUUCAGGUAAUGGGGCAAUUCUUCCCAGGUGUGAGGCCAUCAAGGUAUUGCACAAGCAAAAGAGAGGAAGAAAUAGUCGAAAAAAAGCAAGCGGAGUUGCUUUCGAAUUCGAGUACAAGGGGGCAAAAGACUUGUAUGUGGUUGAAUCAAAAGUGACUAUUGUUGCAUGUGGUGCUCUCAGUACUCCUCCUUUAUUGAAAAGGAGUGGUUUGGAAAAUCCUAACAUUGGCAAAAAUCUACAUCUUCAUCCAGUGAUAAUGGCUUGGGGCUACUUCCCUGAUGCACCGUUCUCCUGGCCGGAGGAAGAGAAAAAGAGUUAUGAAGGAGGGAUAAUGACAGCAAUGUCUACGGUCGUUGCAAAUCAUGACAAGUCUGGAUAUGGUGCAGUGAUACAGACACCAUCAUUGCAUCCAGGUAUGUUCUCAGGCCUGAUGCCUUGGGUCUCAGGAAUCGAUAUGAAAAUGAAAAUGUGCCGGUUUUCAAGGACUGCACACAUAUUUGCAUUGGCAAGAGACAAAGGAAAAGGAACAGUGAAUUCUCCAAGCUCAAUAUCUUAUCAAAUGGAAGAUUCUGAUGAGGAGAAUCUGCAGAAAGGAAUGGAGAAGAUGCUAAGGAUAUUGGCAGCAGCAGGUGCUGAAGAAAUUGGAACACAUCACUUCGAAGGGAGAAGCAUAAAUGCUAAAAAAGUGAGCUACCAUGAGUUUGAGAAGUUUGUGAAAGAAGAAAGUGUAAGACCACUAAGAGAUUUAUCAACACAGAUAUGUUCAGCACAUCAGAUGGGGAGCUGCAGAAUGGGUGUGAAUCCAAAGGACUCAGUGGUGAACCAGAUGGGAGAGACAUGGGAGGUAGAGGGACUGUUUAUAGCAGAUACAAGUGUGUUUCCAACUGCUUUAGGACUGAAUCCGAUGGUCACAGUUCAGGCUAUUGCCUAUUGCACUGCACAAUCGGUUCUUGAAGUUCUAAAGAAGAAAUCAUGUUAAUUAACUGAAUUUUUCAGUGCAUUGUGAUUAUUAUUCGAAGGAAUUUGGUCCGCGUCACGCAUGUGUGAAGAAGAUGUGCAGAAGUACCAUUGGCGAUUUUGUCUUUCUCUUGGACUCUUUAUUCAGGAAUUUAUGGGCCGGACACACAUGCGGCAUGAAAUGGCCCUAACCCCUUUUUUUUUUUUUGAAAAAUAAAAAUUAAGUUUACCAUUUUUAUUAGUAGACUUUGUAAAUGGGCUUAUAGCCUCUUCUCCUUGGAAAAAAUAAAAGGUGUUGUAUUGAUUUAAAAA